AAGUGGUUGCUGAGCAAAACAGGAAGUGCAGUGAAGCAUGCUGGGAAGUGUAGUUUUUGCUAUCAUGUACAUAGAAGAAGGGAUUAUCUGAGUACUCUGCAAGAUGACUAGUUUUCAGGAGGACACCUCCAUCCAUGAGAAGAUCACAGAGAGUCCAGAGGACGACCUCGAAGCCCAGGAGAGACUCGAUCACUUUCCUGAUGACUUCAAUCAGCUGGAGCUUCUGGAAACCCACAGACACAUGAUUCCAACUGGAACCCAGAGCCAGUGGCCUGGGGAGUCUGAUGACGAUGAUGAGGAGAAGACUGAGGAAUGGUACGAGACGCAGGAGGCCCAGCUACAACAUAGUCCUAGAGAUUUGCUGCUGUUCGCUGCAGAAAAUAACAGGCUGGGAACCGUCCAGAGAGUUCUUGCAACCCACCCAGAUUUUGUGAAUGUAACUGAUGAAGAUCUGUAUACACCGCUGCACAGAGCCUCCUACAACGGUCACCUAGAUGUAGUACGGGAGCUGAUUUCGAAGGGGGCAAACCUACAUGCUGUCACACUAGAUGGAUGGACCCCACUGCACAGCGCCUGCAAAUGGAACAACACCGCUAUUGCAUCAUUCCUACUCCAGCAUGGAGCGGAUAUCAAUGCCCAAACUGAAGGUUCCCUUACCCCUUUACACCUGGCUGCAGCCAACAGAGAUAGCCGCCAGAUUCUGGAGCUUCUUCUCAUGAACCGCUACCUCAACCCUCAUCUGACUAACAAAGUGGGAGAAACUGCUCAAGAGAUUGCCCGGCGCACCGACGUGUUUCACUACCUCUUUAAAAUGACAGAAUAUUGGACUUAAUCUUUCUUUGGGUCAUAUUUGGUGAUAUUUAUAUUUCAACUGAUGACAAGUUUGGUGAAAAUUGAGAAUAUUUGUGUAUUCAUUGAAGGGAUUUUCCCCCACAUUUUUAUGUGUGCAAUGUUUUCCUUGCCAUAAUUUUGCCAGUGUGCCAAGUCAGAGCUGAACCUGCCAGACAGCACAGAAUAAGAGAAACAAAAUGUUACCCCAGCUCCACUGCCAAUAUAGAAGUCCACAAACUGUGAUCCGGUGCUCUAGCCAGGACGUUCAGGUCCCACAAAUACAAUACUUGAAUCAAAAAGGCAUUGCUUUGAUGAAGGCUUCUUUGCCGAAACACGUCGGCGUAUAGCCUGUACCAGGGUACCCAUGUAACCAAUAAAAUACUUCAAGUAUCCAA